AUUCCCAAGUCUCCCCAAAGAAAGAAAAACCCCAUCUCCCGUCUCCCCGCGAGUUCGCCCGCCGCCAGCGCCGGCGCCGAUCUCCAUCCCGCGACCGCGAGCAGCGGCGACGUGCUUCCGCCGCACCCUCGCUCGCCGGUGUCCGGGUAUUUGCAUUCAGUGACAAAAGUUCUUCAGCUGCGGAGUCAUGGCUGCCCAGAUACGCAUAAUAAUGAAAUCUUUUAUGAGCCAAGCUAACAAGGUUCAAGGGGUUAUUCCAUACGCUCAGAAGAUUGGAUUGCCUGAAUCACGAUCCUUGUAUACUGUGUUACGAUCACCUCAUAUUGACAAGAAGUCCAGGGAGCAAUUCUCGAUGCAUGUCAAGAAGCAAUUUCUGGUACAGAAAGCGGAAACGCACGAGCUGCAAAAGAAGCUGUUCUGGUUGAAGCGCCUGCGCCUACUUGGAGCUCAAUACGAAAUCCAAAUCAGUUUCAAGACUCGUUUGGAUAAGAGUAAGCUCCAAGCUGCUUUGUAGUUGGUUCGUUCACCCUUGAACAAGACUGCUUCUCUCUCUUGGUUUUGAGAUUGUCAAACAGAACCUUUGCAUCCAUUAGCAUUUCAUAUGAAGAACUGCAUCAUUUGGAAGAGUUCACAGGAAUGUUGUACUAGUAAUUCAUUCCAAACUCAGCACCAUUUGGAAUAGUUUACAGGAAUGUAGCAGUAGCAAUUCAUCCAACUAUCAUAUGCUAUGAAUUAUGAUGACGCAGCAUGAUCUGUAAUAAAACAGAUGUGCCUGCAUUCCUGGAUUUGUUGGUUUUGUUUCUAGUACAGUCUAACAACUCAUGACAUUCCAAUCCUA